AUGCAGCUCGCGGCGGGAGCGAUGCGGCCCCUCCUUAGCAAGCUCGGCAAGCUGCUAUUGGAUGAAUAUAAUCUUGAUACGAAGGUGAAGAAAGGCGUCAGGUCUGUCACAACUGAGUUGACCAUGAUGGAGGCUGCCCUCCUCAAGGUGGCUGAAGUACCACGAGAUCAGCUGGACAAUCAGGUCUGGAUCUGGGCAGGAAAAGUACGGGAGUUAUCGUACGAGAUGGAGGACGCCGUCGACGCGUUCAUGGUGCGUCUGGAGGAAUCCGCUGACGGUGAGGCCCCCACAAUGAAGAAUAGAGUCAAGAAGAUUCUGAAGAAGGCCACUAGAUUAUUCAAAAAAGGCAAGGAUCUACAUCAGAUCUCCGACGCCAUCGAAGAAGCCCAGGAACUUGCCAAGCAAUUGGGCGAGCUGCGCCUAAGAUACGGACACGAGAUGCAUGAUGCCGGUGCCGCGGCUGUCAUUGACACUCGGCUAAUAGCUAUGUACAAAGAUGUGACAGAGCUUGUUGGCAUCGAGGACACACGAGACAAGGUGAUCAGGAUAUUGAUAGGAGACAAGGAGUGGAAGAAGCAACAACUGAAGGCAGUAUCUAUUGUUGGAUUUGGCGGAUUGGGUAAGACCACUCUUGCCAGAGCAGUGUAUGAGAAGAUCAAAAUUCAAUUUGACUGUUGGGCUUUUGUCACGGUGUCUCAAAGUCGUGACAUAAAAAGGGUUUUUAAAGAUAUGCUCUAUGAACUUGACAUGAACAAGUAUGAAGGAAUUCAUCAGACUGCAAGGGGUGAGAAGCAGCUCCUCAACCUACUCGUUGAAUUCCUCAAGAACAAGAGGUACGUCAUCGUAAUUGAUGACAUAUGGGAUGAACAAGUGUGGAGAUUUCUCAAGUGUGCUUUCUCUCAGAACAGCAUUGGUAGUCGGCUAAUCACAACAACCCGCAAAGUUAAUGUCUCUGAAGCAUGUAGCUCUUCCAGCACUGAAGAUAUAAUUUACAGAUUGAAACCACUUUCUGAUGAUGACUCCCAAAGGCUCUUCUAUAGAAGAAUUUUUAAAAGCGAGACAGGAUGUCCUGAUGAAUUUGAGCAAGUAUCCAGAGGUAUCUUGAAGAAAUGUGGUGGAGUACCAUUGGCCAUUAUUACCAUAGCAAGUCUUUUGGCUAGUAACCAAAAGAUUAAAACAAAAGACCAGUGGUAUGUUUUGCUCAAUUCUAUUGGUCGUGGGCUUGCUGAAGGUGAUAGUAUUGACGACAUGCAAAGAAUAUUGUCAUUUAGCUACUAUGAUCUGCCUUCACAUCUGAAGACUUGUUUUUUAUAUCUGAGUAUAUUCCCGGAAGACUAUCAGAUUUCCAGAAAUCGGGUUAUAUGGAGGUGGAUAGCGGAAGGUUUCGUACAACCUGAUAAAUAUGGAACUAGAAUGUUUGAGCUCGGGGAAGGUUACUUCAAUGAACUGAUAAACAGAAGUAUGAUUCAGCCGGUAAACAUUGACAGUGAAGGCAGAGCAAAAGCUUGUCAUGUUCAUGACAUGAUGCUCGACCUCAUUCUUUCUUUGUCAGAUGAAGCAAACUUUGUUACUAUAUUGGAUGGUACUCAGCGUAGCACACCAAAUCCUCAAAGGAAGAUGCGCAGAUUAUCUCUCCAAAAUGGCAUGGAAGAUACUUCUGCCCCUCAGCUCGCUACCGCGAGCAUGUCACGGGUCAGAUCAGUUGCUCUGUUUCAACAUGCAAUUUGUGUUAUGCCACCCCUCUGGAAAUUUGAAGUUCUGCGUGUGUUGGACUUGGAAGGUUGUGAUAUGCCAGAAAGUUGGUACAAGAUCAAUCUUAAGUAUAUCGGGAACCUAUUACAUCUGAGGUACCUAAGACUAAAUGAUUCAUAUAUUCGAGAGCUCCCAGUGGAAAUUGGAAAGCUGCAAUAUUUGCUAGUGUUGGACUUAUUAGGAUCUGGUAUAGUUCAGUUGCCGUCAAGUGUUAUUCUGCUCACUUAUUUAUUGAGCCUGCGUAUAAAUUUUUACACAAAGAUGCCGUUUGAGAUUGGUAAAUUGCUGUCCUUAGAAGAGCUGUCCACUCUGCGGAUGGACAGUAACAUUGCUAAAGAGUUGGGCCAUCUCACUGAACUUAGGAUGCUCCAGAUCGUGUGGGAAGAAAGAGAAACUGAUGGGAGUCUAGAAAAAGUGAUUGUGGAGUCCUUAGGCCACCUGCGCAAACUGCAAACCCUACUUAUUGUUGAUGCGUAUUCUGGCGAGGGUGUGAUCAUGCUAGAUGGCUGGGUACCUGCUCCACAGCUCCGUUCAUUUAGUUCAGGGGUUAUGUUCUCGAGACUACCGACUUGGGUUAACUCAUCGUCUGUUCCACUCCUCUCUAGCCUGCACAUAGAUGUCGGUGAAUUGAAGCAGCGUGACAUCCAGGUGAUCGGGAGGCUGCCUGUUCUUCUUGAUCUCUGGCUGACCGCGAAGGGAGAUGCAGGCAUUGAGUUUCUCCCGGAGGAACCGUUUGUGGUUAGCGCAGACUCAUUCCCGUAUAUAAAAGAGUGCAGAUUCUACGGUCUUCAGAUUCUGCCAUCAAUGUUUCCAAGAGGAGCAAUGCCAAUGGUUCAGUCCCUUCGGUUCACCGUCAGAUUAUCGUCCAUGGUGGAUGCUGAGUGGGACUUCGACAUGAAGAACCUCCCUUCCCUUGAGCAGGUUGAUGUUGACUUCUCGUGUAACGGAGGCUGCCCUGAGGCGGCGAAGGAACCAGAGGCUGCGCUGUGGCAGUUCGCAGCAGACACCAUGAGGCGGCUCACAGCAGACGCCCUGAGGUUCGCAGCAGACGAACAUCCCAACCGCCCUUACCUUCUCAUCCACUGA